AUGGCGGAAGCAGUUCUCUUCAGCCUUGCCACUAACAUACUGAAAAGCCUUGCAUCUGAAAUGGCGGAACUUGGAGGCUCCUUUGCUUCUCAGCAGAUACAGUUGCUCUGCGGCGCAAAGGACGGGCUCCAAAGCCUUAGGGGCACCGUCCAGACCAUCCAAGCGGUGCUUUUGGAUGCCGAGAAGAAGCAAUGGCAUAACAACCAGGUCAAGCUCUGGCUCAAGAGGCUCAAGGAUGUGUUGUACGACGUCCAGGACUUGCUCGACGAUGUCGCCACAGAAGAUCUGAGGCGGAAGGUCACCCCCGGCAACGAGAUGUCGAAAGCGGUACGCUUUUUCUUCUCUAAGUCGAAUCAGCUCGCACACCGUGUCAAAGUGACUAAUAAGAUUCAGGAACUUAGGAAGAAAUUGGAUCGGAUUAAAAAUGAUAGGACGUUCCAUUUAGAGGAGCGUCAGAGUGAGGAAACAACGGCCAUUGGGAGAGGAAGGAAAACUGAAAUUUUCGCGCCCGACAGAGCAAUAAUUGGCAGGGAAAACGACAGAAAAAUGAUCAAACACCUAUUGUUUGAUUCCUCCUCUACCCGGAGUGUGUCAGUUGUUGCCAUCGUUGGUAAAGGAGGUCUUGGAAAAACUGCACUUGCACGACUAGUGUACAACGAUGGGGAGGUAAAAGAACAUUUUGGGCUUAAGAUGUGGGUGUGUGUGUCUGAUGUCUUUGAUGUGAAUUCGAUUGUCAAAGAUAUUCUUAAAUCAGCGAACUGUCAAGAUCUUGAGAAUAAGACUUUAGACCAAUUGCUGAAUCUUCUUCAUGAGACUCUGAGUAGGAAGAAAUACUUGCUUGUUUUGGAUGACUUGUGGAAUGAAGAUCGGAAUAAAUGGUUGAAGCUUGGAGAUUGGCUGGAGGGUGGUGAACGGGGAAGCAAGAUACUUGUAACCACUCGUAGCCACACAGUUGCGAAGGUCACGGAUGCGAAAUCGGUUAUCCAUGAUCUUCCUGGCUUAUCUAAAGAUGAGUCAUGGAAUUUAUUCAAGAAAAUGGCUUUUGGAGAUGGGGUAGAAUCAUCAGACUCGGAACUGGAAUGGAUGGGUCUAGAUAUAGUUAAGAGAUGCGCUGGGGUUCCCCUCGCCAUUAGAACUAUAGGAGGCCUUUUGUACGGCAAAAACAAAGAUGAAUGGGCCCGUUACAAGGUGCAUGAACUUCCAGAAAUACCAGAAAUUGAUGAGGCUGAUGAUGGAAUUAUGCAAGUCCUCAAGUUCAGUUAUGAUCAUCUCCGGUCAUGCUUGAAACAUUGUUUUGCAUAUUGCUCGUUGUUUCCGAAAGAUUAUGUCUACCGUAAAGAGAGGAUGAUACAUUAUUGGGUGGCACAAGGCUUUAUUGAGUCACGCAAAGGGGACGACAACCUUGAAGUGGUCGCUGGCAAUUACUUGUCAGAACUACUAUGUAGGUCAUUCCUUGAUGUUGCAAGCAAAGGUGACGAUGGUGAGGUCCCGACUUUCAAGAUGCAUGAUCUCAUGCACGACCUUGCCCAAAAAGUUGCUGGAGGUGAAUGCAAGAUCGUUAAUUUUAAUGAAGGAGUUAGUGAUGGAGGAAUUCGCCAUGGGUCGUUUAUUGUAGGUACUUUCUCGUAA